AUGUCCCCAGCAUCAAGUUUGUUGGUGGACCACACGUGUUUACUAGUAAGUUGUUACAUUGAGCCACUAACAAUAGAAUCCAGCAGUGCCCCGGGACCUCAUCCGUGUGCUCCAAACUCCAUAAUGCCCAGCAAAGCUUCCUCUGGUGCUUCCACAACGCAAAGCUUCAGUACGGGCCCUAUUGCCUUUGAGAGCAGAAACUUGCUCUCUCCGCGUUUCAGAUAUACCGCUUUGGAGGAAUUAGAGAUCGAAGACGUGAAUACUGGAGGGGCAGAGUACAUUAUUAGAUAA